AUGCCUCGACCGACACCACCGACUCUGAAAGUGGACACGACGCACGCGAACGAGGUGCACAACCACCACAAUGAGCUGCGGUACGAACUAGAAGUCACGCCCCGCCCCUCGCUCGACACAGUCUCCAUCGCGGAUCUCAAGAAUCCUUCACCAGCUAUGCACAACAACGACAACAACGACAAUGAGAAGGACGGCAACGACUCGCCGUCGCCGUCGCCGCUGCAGACGACGACGCAGGUCGAACCCUCCAUCCGGCUGCUCUUCUCCCUCCUCUCGCGGCGGCACUUCUUCUUACUCCUCCUCCCCGCCAUCCUCACCUCCCUCAUCUCCGGCGGCAUCGCCCCUUUCAUGACCUACGUCGUCGGCCAAGCCUUUGACGCCUUUGCACAAUACCCGCUCUCCGACGCUACAGCCCAAGACAAAAGCGAUCUGCUCCGCGGGGUGGGUCUCGCUGCUCUGAGCCUUGUGGGGCUGGCGUUUGGCAGUCUGGCACUGGGGAGUUUGACGAGCUUUUUGUGGAUCUGGGUUGGGGAAGUUAAUACGGGUGAGGUGAGGAGGCGGGUGUAUCGGGGUGUGAUGGGGAAGGAUAUGGGGUGGUUUGAUGCCAUUGGGGAGGCGAGGGAUAAUGGGGAGCAGGAGGAGGGCGAGGAGGGUCCUGUCGGCGCUGGUGGGAUGAUGGCCAAGUUUACCAGAGAGACAGACGACGUGCGCUACGCCACCUCGCUCGCCUCGGGGCUCCUAAUCCAGCAUUUAACAACCACAAUAACAUGCCUCAUCCUCGCGUUUGUGCGCUCGUACCAACUCACCUUGGUCAUCCUCUCCGCCGUGCCGCUCUUGACGAUCAUCCAAGCCCUCUCGCAAUCUUUCGCCACACCGCUCCUCUUCGCCGAACGCCACAGCAUCUCCGUCUCCGCGACCCUCAUCGAGCGCUCGCUCAACGCAAUCUCAACCGUCAAAGCCUUCAACGCCCAACCCUUCGAACUCGCCCGCGCGCGGCAAUCCUUCAAAUCCAUGCUCUCCUACGCCAAGAAGCUCUCCCUCGUCUGGGGUCUCUCCUCCGGGAUCGCCCAGUUCGUCAUGAUGUGCAUGUUCGUGCAGGGGUUCUGGUUCGGGUCUAAGUUGGUUAGAGAGGGUAAAGUGAGCCCUGGGGACGUGAUGGCUGUGUUUUGGGCGUGCUUGAUUGCGACGAGUAAUUUGCAGAUGUGUAUUCCGCAGGUUAUUGCGGUUGCGAAGGGCAAGUUUGCGAUGGGGCAGUUGGUGGGGUUGGUCGGUGAUGGGCCUGUUGAGAGUGCGUUGGAGGGUGGGGCGGGGUCUCCCCCGCCGCCUCCACCGUAUGGAGCCCAUGCUGGAGAGAAGGGAUGUGUACCGCCGAGUCCGACGACUGCGACGACGACGACUGCGGGGCAUGGCGUCACGCCCAUCUCGCCUUCUACAACACUCACUUUCUCCACCCUCGCCCACCCCCACGCUCAACAACAACCCUCCUCCAAAGGCAUCCGCAAGCUCCGCAAAAUCACACCAGCGAAAUGCCACGGCGAGCUCGCGCUGCACAAUGUUACGUUCGCGUACCCCACGCGUCCGAAUGUGGAGGUGCUGAAGGAUGUGUCGAUGUACCUUCCUGCGAGGGAGAUGACGUUUAUUGUGGGUGCUAGUGGGAGUGGCAAGUCGAGUAUUGCGCAGUUGUUGUUGCGUAUGUAUGAGCUUAAUGGCUCGCGGAGGGGGAGUGGAGGGUUUCCGAUGGGUGAUACACCGGAAUUGGAUAUGCAUUUACCUCCUAAAGACCCCUCCGAUUCCGACGACCCCGCCUCUCGCUCCCACGACAUCGACCUCGAUGAAAUCCCCCUGUCACCGACCAACCCCACUCGCCGAACAGCCGCUGGGACGACGACGAGUAGCAGUAGUAGGAGGAAUAAAGGCUACAUCUCGUUGGACGAACAGGACGUUUCGUACCUCGAUGAGAAGUGGGUCCGGAGUAAGGUGAUGGGUGUUACGCAGAGCACGUGUGUGAUCCUCGAGGGCAAGACGGUGUUUGAGAAUGUGGCUUGUGUUGUUGAUGGAGCCACCCAAGAAGACGUUGAAACAGCCUGUCGAGCGGCGCUCAUCCAUGAGUUUGUACGUGAUUUACCGGAUGGGUAUGAUACUGUUUUGAGUAGUUCUGGAGCGGUGGUCAACGACAACGGCUCGCGUUUGCGCGUGCGAGGUUGA